UUCACCUGUAUAGGAAAGAAAAGGAAAACCUGUCACUUGAAACAAUAUAUGAUCUAAACUAGUUUUCUUGUACCAACGCUAUACACCUGACGUUCCUGCACCUGGUAGAGGGACAGAGGUGAACGGGUGUGGGACCUUCUGAUGGAGACCACAAAUAUAGAUCGGAAGACUUAAAAUAAGAAUUCUGACUAAGAACAAAAACUCUUCUGCCUUAAAGGACGCUUUUCUACCACCAGGCAGGGGUACCAUCUAAUGCAGAACAUCUACAUGUGGCGAAGAACAUCAUCUAGUCAGAGAUAGACGGAGUGACUUCACAACAGCACAACCUACUUCCUGGUUAUCAACACCAGCAUUAACAUGUCAACCCCCCCCAGCUCAUUCCAGCAGGAGCCCCUAACCCCCCCUAGACAAUCACAUGCCUCUCUGAAGCCCAACCAGGUGGGUCAGGUGGUUCUUUACGGGGUACCAAUCGUGUCCUUGGUGAUAGAUCUACAAGAGCGGCUGUGUCUGGCCCAGAUCUCCAACACCCUGCUAAAAAACUACAGCUACAACGAGAUCCACAAUCGCCGUGUGGCGCUGGGCAUCACCUGUGUUCAGUGCACUCCUGUUCAGCUGGAGAUUCUUCGGCGUGCGGGCGCCAUGCCCAUCUCAUCCCGGCGCUGCGGCAUGAUUACCAAGCGAGAGGCGGAGAGGCUGUGUAAGUCCUUCCUUGGAGAGAACAACCCGCCCAAACUGCCUGACAACUUUGCCUUCGAUGUGUCCCAUGAGUGUGCCUGGGGUAGUCGUGGUAACUUCAUUCCGGCACGUUACAACAGCAGCAGAGCUAAGUGCAUCAAGUGUUCCUACUGCAACAUGUACUUCUCCCCAAACAAGUUCAUCUUCCAUUCCCACCGCACCCCGGACGCCAAGUACACCCAGCCAGACGCGGCUAACUUCAACUCCUGGAGAAGACACCUAAAGCUGUCAGAUAAGACCCCCCCUGAUGACCUGGCCUUUGCCUGGGAGGACGUGAAGGCCAUGUUUAAUGGUGGCAGCAGGAAGCGGGCACUGCCCUCAACACACUGCUCCCCCAUGGGACCUGGGAAAGAUUCCGGUCUGCCACACAUGAUGACCCCUGACCUGGGCCAGAAGAGGAGUCGCUAUGAGGAGGAGGAGGACCUGGAUGGAAAUAGCCUGUCUCCCCGUAAGAACGCUCGAAGUUACCCAGUUAUCCCUGUGCCUAGUAAAGGGUUUGGUAUGCUGCAGAAGUUCCCUCCAACAUCACUGUUCCCCAGCCCCUACUCCUUCCCUGCAUUCAGCCUCUGCCAGCAGAAGAAAGAUGACAGUGAGACGGCUGGAGGACCGAAGAAUGGUGGUCUGUCAGGUCUGCUUUGGCCUGGUCGUAAAGACACCUUCUACCCUCCCUUCUGCAUGUUUUGGCCCCCUAGGGCCGCUGGAGGCCUCCCGGUGCCAACCUACCUGCAACCACAGCCUUCUGUCAACGCUCUGUCCUCAUUGACUGAGAGCCCCUCCCUCAGACAGGCUUUCCUUGAUCUAUCGGAACCCGCUGAACCAGGGUCGGGGCCAGGCAUUGGGGCUACACCCAGAUCAGGACUGUUUGACCCCGACUCCUCCACCCUGAGCUCUGAUCGACGCCCCGUGACCUCUGAAGGCUGGCUGAAGUUGUUGGACGCUCCCUCUCUUCAGGCCAGGAAGGCAUCUUACCACUCUGCCUUCCGACCCGUUGUCAAAGACUUAGAGAGCAUCGCCAAGCUCCAUGGCAACCUGGAUGAUUUCGGGUCAGAACGCCACCUAUCUCCUGCCACCAGCUGCAGCUACGCCUCCGAGAGUGGGGAGGGGGAGGUGGGAGAGAGUGAGGAUGAAGGGGAGGUGGAUGUAGAAACAAAGCAGGAUGAGGAGGACAGCUUCAACAGUCCCACGGCACAGACACACAACCUGCACCUCCGCGGUCUGAGAGAAGGAUCCAGACCCAGGGACAGGGGAGGGAAAGAGGUUCUCGCUUUCCCCUGCAGUCCUGCUGAUCACAGCUCCGACCAGAACCACAGCAGCUUGGUUGUCUCCCCACCUGCUCCUCCUGCCAGCAUGUCUCUCCCCAGUCCUACAAACACCCCACUGCCACUGGAGGAACAGGCCUACAAAAAUACUCAUAAAAGCAGAGACGAUGGACUCCCUGUUUACGCAACCAAAGAUAACUCCAACUUAACUGAUGAAAACAAAGAAGCCAGCAGCUUUGUCUCAGAGACUGAUUCGUUUGGCACAGAGUACUGGAGAGAGACGUUAGGUGAUCAGACUCAAGAUGUAACUUCCCCAGUGUCACUAAAGAAGGAUGUCGAAAACAUGGAGAAGGAGGAGCUCCAGAAGGUUCUGUUGGAACAGAUUGAUCUACGGAGACGACUUGAACAGGAAUUCAACGCUCUGAAGGGCAACUCCUCCUUUCCUGUGUUCCAUAAUUUCCAGGACCAGAUGAAAAGAGAGCUGGCAUACAGAGAGGAGAUGGUGCAGCAACUACAGAUGAUUCCAUAUGCAAACAUCAUCAGAAAAGAAAAGAUUGCAUCGCAUCUCAACAAGAGCUAAAUUGGAAUGUGGAAGCUUCUCCUGUAACAUCUGAAAAACAACCUGAGUUUCUAUGAACCUUAGGAAUAAAACCAUAACAGAAUCUGAAAUGGAGGAUUAAUACAAUCUGAAAUGGACAGCUACAAAAAAGGACAAAAAAAAGGACAUUUUAGUAAAAGUGUUUAACAAUACAACAUUAUGACCUCGUCCCCAAACCUGCAUCAUAUCUGUCAUGGAGAAUCAUAGGGCAGAAAUACAGACUGUGGGCAGAAAUCCAUUAAACUGACCCAAAGUCCAAACUGAGAACAGUGUCCAAAUGUACUUCAUUGAUAGUACUGUAGCCACAGUCCAUCCACCUGUAAAUAUACUCUGUGAAUACAUACUGACCCAUCAGCACUGGGAGAGAUCUACUGGCAAUGCAAUAUGUUUCAGCUGUACAUUACUUACUGUACUUGAACAGUGAACCAGGCACCUGUUUCUUUCACUCAGUCUGACUACUGUACAUUAUUAGGGUACUGACAUGUCACAAGGGAACAUUAAAACAGACUCAAAUUUUUCCUUGUUACAAAGAUAUAAUAAUUGAAUUGUCAUUAAUACAAAAUCAAUAAUGUUAUUACAAGUUGUUAAUUAAAAUGUAUUUAAAUAUGUUCUUGUAGUUUCUCUACUAUUU